CCAACUUUUAUCUUUUGUGUUGCUUUAGGAUUAUAUCUGAAACCUCCGGUAAGACACUAAAUAACUACAAUAAAGCAAUUUGAGAUUGUUUAGUGAUCUUGCAUGAAACAGUGUCAACCAACAUGUUUGGCUGGAAAAAUUUUUUUAGCCUUGAUACUUUUGCUAGUAUCUUUGGAUUGGAGAGACACACAACGGUUAAAACACAGACUAGAAGGAAAUUCUAACCACCAUCUGCAGAACAUGAAGCUUAUUUUAGAUGCAUCUAGCAGGAGUUUCCACCUUCCAACCUCGAGGGCUUUUAACCUGCAGCCUCGUGACAUUUCUUUCUACAAAGGCGUGUCCACUUGCAAACAAUGAGCAGCACUUAAACGCCUCCCUCACAGGUGAGGCUAUGAUGACAGGCAGACUGUCACCACCCCAGUGACGCGGCACUUCCCCAUAUUUCUCUAUCAAACGCUUUCACAUUUCAUUUCGCUGUGAAGCAGAAAGAUUUAAGAUUGAUGUGGAUCUGAACUCAGCAUCAUGGAUCAGAGUGAGGAGCUGAAAGUAGGAGAAACUCUGUCUAAAACCGAGAAUCAGAGGAAAACCAAGAGAAAACAGUAUGAAGAUGAACUGGAUCUAGAGCUCUGUGAGAAUAAAUCUGCACAUAAUCUUAUUGAUUUUAAAUCAAACAAGCAUCCAAAGAGCCCUCAGCGCUCAUAUUCCAGCUUUUCAACUGGACAACUGUCAGAAAUAGACCAGCCUCCAUCUCCAGAUGAAGUGAAGAUCUCAGAGGUCCCUAGUGGUCAGAAUGCCCAACAUCAAACAUCACUGGGCUCCAUAUUUAUGGAGCUUAAAAAGAAAAUUUUCACUUUUGUGGAAAAUGAGCUGAAGAAGAUCCAAAGGGAUCUGGGUUCAGAUUACCUAGAUGUUCCAGAGGGGAAUGAGGAUGAUGACGUUUUAGAGGGUGAAGAUACAGAGCAAAUGAAGAGGAGCAGAAAAGCUUUUGAGAAAAUCAUACAACAUUUCCUAAGACAGAUGAAUCAGGAGGAGCUGAUCAACUGUCUUCAAACCAGAUCACUCAUCACAUGCCAACAAACACUAAAGUCAAGCAUGAAGAAGAGGUUCAAACAUGUGUUUGAAGGAACUGGUAAAUCAAAAAAACCAACAGUUCUGAACAGAAUCUACACAGAGCUCUACAGCACAGAAGGAGAUUCUGGAUAUGUCAAUAAGGAACAUGAGGUCAGACAGAUUGAAUCAGUGUCCUGGAAACCAGACAGACCAGAAAAAGCAAUUAGACACGAACACAUAUUUAAAUCCUCACCUGGAAGAGACAAACCAGUCAGAACAGUGAUGACAAAGGGAGUGGCUGGCAUUGGGAAAACAGUCCUUACACAAAAGUUCACUCUGGACUGGGCAGAAAACAGAGUCAACCAGGACAUCCAGUUCACUUUUACGUUCAUGUUCAGAGAGCUGAAUCUGUUAAAAGAUGAACAGUUCAGCUUAGUGGAUCUUGUUCACCGCUUUUUUAGAGAAACCAAAGGAAUCUUCAAGUUUGAAGAUUUAAAAGUUGUAUUCAUCUUUGAUGGGUUGGAUGAGUGUCGACUUCCACUGGACUUUAAGAAAAAUAAGAUCCUGACAGAUGUAAGAAAGUCCACCUCAGUGGAUGUUCUUCUGACAAACCUCAUCAGCGGGAACCUGCUUCCAAAAGCUCACCUCUGGAUAACCACACGACCUGCAGCAGCUAAUAAGAUCCCCGCUGAGUUUGUUGGCAAGAUGACAGAGAUCAGAGGAUUCACUGACCUAAAGAAAGAUGAAUACUUCACCAAAAAAUUCAGAUAUAAGAAAGAGGCAAGAAGAGUAAUCUCUCAUGUAAAGAAAUCCAGAAGCCUCCACAUCAUGUGCCACAUCCCAAUCUUCUGCUGGAUCACUGCUACAGUUGUGAAAGACAUGUUGAACAAGAAAGAUGGAGAAGAGCUGCCAAAGACCCUGACUGAGAUGUACAUUCACUUCCUGGUGGUGCAGGCCAAACUGAAGACAGCUUCACACUGGAGCGCAGAGAAACAGAAGAUGAUUGAGUCCCUGGGAAAACUGGCUUUUGAUCAGCUGCAGAAAAGAAACCUGAUCUUCUAUGAAUCAGACCUGGCAGAGUGUGGCAUUGAUAUCAGAGCAGCAUCAGUGUGUUCAGGAGUGUUCACAGAGAUCUUCAGAAAAGAGAGAGGGCUGUACCAGAACAAAGUCUUCUGCUUUGUCCACCUGAGCGUUCAGGAGUUUCUGGCUGCUCUUCAUGUUCACCUGACCUUCAUCAAAUCUGGAGUCAAUCUCCUGGUAAAAGGUGAAAUGAAAUCCAAGGAUUUAGAAAAAAGAAACCAUGAAUCUUCAAAGACAGACAUGUACAAGAGUGCUGUGGACAUGGCCCUAGAGAGUCCAGAUGGACACCUGGACUUGUUCCUCCGCUUUCUACUUGGUCUUUCACUGGAGACCAAUAAGCGUCACUUAAGAGGCUUUGUGGCACAGACAGAAGAAAGUUUAGCAAUUAAUAAAGACAUAGCCCAGUACAUCAAGGAGAAGUUGAAUCAUCAUGGUGUUGAGAAAAGCAUCAAUCUGUUCCACUGCCUGAAUGAACUAAAUGAUCAGUCUCUGAUGGAGGUAAUCCAACAAUCUUUAACUACAGGAAGUCUUUCAGCACACCAGCUGUCUCCUGCUCAGUGGUCAGCUCUGCUCUUCAUCCUACUUUCAUCAGAGGAAGCUCUGGAGAUGUUUGACCUGAAGAAAUACUGUGCUUCAGAGGAAGCUCUUCAUAGACUGCUGCCAGUAGUCAAAGCCUCCAGCAAAGCUAUACUCAGUGGAUGUAACCUUUCAGAGGGAAGCUGUAAAGCUCUGUCCUCAGUUCUCACCUGUCAGGAUUCUUGCCUGAAGGAGCUGGACCUGAGUAACAACAACCUGGGUGAUUCAGGAGUGAAGCUGCUCUGUGACGAACUGAAGAGUCCAAACUGUGAACUCGAAAUUCUGAGGCUUUCAGGAUGUUUGAUCACAGAGGAAGGUUUUGCUGCUCUGGCCUCUGCUCUGAUGCUGAAUCCCAGGCACCUGAGAGAGCUGGACCUGAGUUACAAUCAUCCAGGAGAGACAGGAGCUCAGCCUCUGUUAGCUGGACUGAAAGAUGCAAAAUGGAAACUGGAGACUCUGAAGGUGGAUCCUGCUGGAGUCCAGUGGUUAACACCAGGUCUGAGGAAGUAUCCCUGUCCUCUCACAGUCGACCUGAACACCAUAAACAAACACCUGAAAAUAUCUGAAGGCAACAGGAAGGUGACAUAUGUGGAAGAGGAGCAGCCAUACCCUGAUCAUCCAGACAGAUUUGAUCUCUAUCAGCUGCUGUGUACUGAUGGUCUGACUGGUCGCUUUUACUGGGAGGUGGAGUGGAGUGGGAGGGUCUAUGUAUCAUUGAGUUACAGGGGAAUCCAAAGAAAAGGACAGACUGAUGACUGUUGGUUUGGAUUUAAUGAUAACUCUUGGAGUCUAAUCUGCUCAGAUGAGGGUUAUGCUGUCUGGCACGAUUGUAAAAAAGUUUUUAAGUGUUCAUCCUCUUCCUCCUCCAAAGUGGCUGUGUAUGUGGACUGUCCUGCUGGGACUCUGUCCUUCUACAGAGUUUCAGCAGAGACACUGAUCCACCUCCACACCUUCAACACCAAAUUCACUGAACCUCUUUAUCCUGGAUUUGGGUUCAGGAAUCGUUCAGGAGUGUGUUGGUGCUCAUUUUAGAGUCGUUCCAAGUUAGAGGGAGGAAACCUACUUUACACGUGUUUCAUCUAAGAUAUGUUUUUAGAUUAACAUAAUAUGUAAGUAAGUAAAAGUAUUUUCAUGGCACCUUAUACGAAUCACAAAGUGCUUCACAAUAAACUAAUACAACAGUUCAAGAACCAAUAAUGCAUGAAGAACAUGAGAAUCAAUAAAUAAGAAAUUUAUUGAUUAAAACAAAAGUCUUUUAAAAGAGAAAACAGUUUGAAGAAGGAAAGCUCCAGAGAAGAGUCAGUGAACUAAAAGCUCUGUCUUAUCUUUGUCUUCAUCUUAAUAUAGGGAAUCACUGAUCACAGCAGCUCAAGGAUUUUUUGUUAGGUGAUCUUGGGUGACUUAAAAAGUGCCUUCAAAUAAAAUGUAUUAUUAUUAUUAUGCACAAAUGGGUGCAGAGGGCUUCACAAAUGACAUUAUCUGAUGUUUGUCUAUGAAGUUGGAAAAAGAUUCUUAAGUUGCACUUUAAAGUAAAUUAUAAGCCAACGUUGUUACAUAAAGACUGGAGUCACAUUUGAAAAAGUGAAGGAUUUUGUCAGAAACCAGGCAGCAGAAUUUUAAAUAAUCGUUCUAAUGAGGUUUUGCUAAGAUCCACAGAGUUCAUUCGGUGAUUAAACAAAAACAUGAAUAUUUAUUUCCAUUUCAAGAUGUGAGACAAUAGAAAUUAGUUCAGCAGAUGCAUCCAAAGUAAAACCAGAAUCAAAGUUUUUGCCAAUGUUCUUACCAGACCUCUGGAUUCUCCAAGUUUCCUCUUAAUCCUUGACAUGUUUUUUCCUUAUGUACACUUUUCUUUAUCUAUUUGUGUUAAAACCGGUUAAGAAGUAGUUUUUCUCAGCUGCCGUUGCCUCGCUGAAGACAAUAUAAUGUCUACCUGCAUUGUUUAUGAUUGUUUGAAUCGCACCAUAAUCUAAUCUUACUGUAAUUAAACUAGUCAGUCUUUCCUGUAAUUAAACUAACAAGUUAGCGACAUGAAGGGAGUAAAAGUACUUGACAAUAUUUAUCAGUACUGAUAUGUUAUUAUAAAUGGAACACAAAUGUUGUAACACUGUGUGAAAUUUAGCUUUUUAAUGUCUUUUAUUAAUAUCUGCAUUGCAUUAUUUAUCUACACUCUAUUACAGUUUGUAUAGUGCAGGUUUGGGUCUCCCAUUUUUAUCUUCCAGUUUUAAAAUCACUUUUUUGUUAAGCUUUAAUCGAGAAAAAAAACAUUUUACUGACUUAGGUAAGAGGUAAACAAAGAAUCCCUUUUAAUUUAUCAAAUGAACUGGCCACAAUAUGAACCCUUGAAAAGAUUUCAUGUUGAUGUUUACAGAUUUUUAAAUAUUGCAUUCUCUAUAUUUGACAAUAAAAUAUGUUUAAAUGA